AAUAAAUUUCUCGCCUUUUUUGUAUUGUGGGAGUUGUCUUUUCUCUUUCCUUUCCCACUCUCUCUCCUUCUCAUCCAUCUAUUUUAUGGUUUCUCUCUUUAAAAAAGCUCUCUAUCUUCUCCUUUCUCACUCCAAUGGAAUAAGCGGAUAACUCCUUUGUUUACUUUCCCCUCCAAUCUGUCAAAAAUUUCUUCCUUUUUCCCCCUUUCCCUUCUGUUCCUCCCUGUACUCUCAAUCUCUCCUCCGAUUGAUGACAACGAAGCCUCUCUGGAAGACGGACACCAACACCGGAAAGGUCAGGAGGGUAGAGCUCCGGCGAGCCAAAGGAGCGGUUACUUGAACGCCGAUCCGUUUCAGUCUCUCUCGGAUCUUCUCUCAUCUCUAUCAUUGGUGAACUUUACCUUCUCUAUUUUUUGGUCGUCUGAAAAAAAUAGAAAAGAGAAGCGAAGGAUAAGGCUGCCUUCCUGACUAUCACAUGGAUAUCCUUGUCGGUCCUACCUUCACCAUCGACGUUUCUCCUCCUCAGGCGGCUGCGGCGGCGGCUUACUCCCUCUCCCAGCCGGAGACCCAGCGGUUGUUUCUGAAGCAUAGGGUUUCGUCCGUUGUGGAGGGAGAAGAAGACGAGGAUGGGUUAGUGGGUUCGAUCUCGAUCUCCAAUCGCAGUCGUUUGGGCCUUCCGAUGGCUAGAUCUGGGAAAUCGCUCGAAGAUUCUUCCGAUAGCUCGUCUUCAUCCGUCGGCGCUCCCGACGACAGCGACGAGGAAGAGGAAGACGACGGAGAGAGCAAUAGCAGCAGCGGUGCCUCGUCGUCUAUGAAGAAAGGCAUCGGCUCUCUCGGAUCCAUGGACGCCCUGGAGGACUCUCUCCCCACAAAGAAGGGAUUAUCGAAUUACUUCGCCGGGAAAUCGAAGUCGUUCGCGAGCUUGUCCGAUGCGUGCUUGGCGGUGAGCCAAGCGAAGGAUCUGGAGAAGCCGGAGCACCCGUUCAACAAGCGGAGGAGAAUUCUGAUGGCGAACAAAUGGUCGAGGAGAUCGUCGUUCUACAGCUGGCAUAACCCCAAAUCCAUGCCGCUGCUCACCUUGAACGAAGACGACGACGACGAAAGCGGCGACCACAAUCGCCGCCGGGGGAACGAAGAAGACGACGAAGAGGAAGGAGACCGCCGCGAAAGCCCCUCGUCGUCCUCGUCGUCGGACAAGGAUGAAGAGGAUGGGAGACGAGCGCAGAGGAAGCUGCUGCAGGAGAGGAAAUUCAACAACAGCUUCAAGUCUCAUAGCUGCUUCUCGCUUACAGAUCUGCAAGAGCAGCAACGGCGGCAGCGAGAGAUCAUCAAUCUGCCGCCUCGGCGGUGAAGAUCCGUAAUUUCCUUUUUCAUGAAUUUGUUAAUUAGUAAAGUACUAAUUACCCUUUGAGCUCGGCUGGGGAUUAUUAAUAUAAAAUAAUAAAAUUGUUGUCGCUUUAUUAUUUCCGUUUCUUUGUACAGAUAAAUGCAAGCUUCCUCUGCGUAUAUAUUAUUACUUUAUUUGUUUGUGUGUUUUAUCUUUAUCCAUAAUUGUGAUUUUAAUAAUUAUGCCCUUCUUGAAAUGGUCAAAGAUGCGGAGCUAGACUGUAUAGAAUUUUUCCUUCCUUCCGGUGGUAAUUAAGAAAAAGGAAAAUGGAUUAAAGGAGAGGAUAAUGUGUUAUAGUAAUUGCGUGCCAGCCAGCUAACGACAAUAAUUAAAUGUGAAGACC